AUGGAAUAUUACGACUCGCGGGGCGCAUCGCCGCUGCAAAGGUGGGCCGCCAAUGCUUCAGAUACACAGUUCAAUGCCUUAGCCGGUGCUGUUGGCGGCUUCACUUCGGGAGUCGUCACAUGCCCUCUCGACGUCAUAAAGACCAAAUUGCAAGCUCAAGGUGGCUUCCUACCUGUAUCUAAGGGGAGGCAUGUCGGCCAUCACAAGGUAUACUCUGGCCUCGUCGGUACCGGAGGUGUUAUAUGGAGAGAAGAGGGCCUCCGCGGGCUGUAUCGUGGUCUGGGGCCCAUCGUCUUAGGUUACUUGCCAACGUGGGCGGUAUGGUUCACCGUCUACAAUAAAAGCAAAUCUUACAUGCAAGAUCAUAAUGUGCGCAACCAUUUUGCUGUCAACUUUUGGUCUGCAAUUAUUGCUGGCGCCAGUAGCACGGUAGUAACCAAUCCGAUAUGGGUAAUCAAGACACGGCUCAUGUCGCAAUCGGCGAGUGGUUACAAUAGAGAGAUGUCAGUGUUCCCGAGAUCAGGUAACACUCCAACCUCGAGACCAACUAUCAACUCUCCUUGGCAUUAUCAUUCGACAAUUGAUGCAGCGCGGAAGAUGUAUUCAUCUGAAGGGAUCCUAUCUUUCUAUUCUGGCCUCACCCCCGCGCUACUAGGCCUCACACACGUUGCUGUACAAUUUCCCGCCUAUGAGUACCUAAGAAAGAAGUUCACAGGUCAAGGUAUGGGAGAGAUGACAGACUCCAGUCAGCAAAGUCAUUGGUUUGGGGUGCUAUCAGCUUCGAUAUUAUCGAAAAUAAUGGCAAGUUCAGCCACAUAUCCGCAUGAGGUGAUUAGGACAAGACUACAAACGCAGCGACGUCCGACUCCCGGUGUAGAGUAUCUACAAGGAUUAGGGAUCUCAGGGCCUACCUCUGGAAACCAGUCCCAGUCGACCAACGGAACUCGGAAUAGCAGUCCCCAGCCCAAAUACAAAGGUGUGGUCAUGACUUUCCGCACGAUACUAAGGGAAGAAGGCUGGAGAGCUUUCUACGCCGGCAUGGGCGUGAACAUGAUGAGAGCGGUACCGGCAGCAACGGUUACCAUGAUGACAUACGAAUAUGCCAUGAAAGCCUUCCACCACGCACAAUCCGAGGGCAGGCGCAAAAGACCUGAAGGAGCUGACGCGCACACUAUGGCCGAGCCAUGA